AUGGAGAAAUAUGAGAAGCUGAAGAAGAUUGGGGAGGGAUCCUUCGGGAAGGCCAUACUGGUGAAGUCCAGAGAAGAUGGUCGACAAUAUGUCAUCAAGGAGAUUGGCAUCUCCCGGAUGUCCAGUAAAGAGCGACAGGAAUCCCGUAAAGAGGUGGCAGUCCUCGCUAACAUGAGCCAUCCUAACAUCGUCCAGUACAAGGAAUCCUUUGAAGAGAAUGGUUGUCUGUACAUAGUAAUGGACUACUGUGAGGGAGGGGACCUGUUUAAGAAGAUUAACAAUCAGAAAGGAGUGCUUUUCCAUGAGGAGCAGAUUCUGGACUGGUUUGUGCAGAUCUGCCUGGCCCUAAAACACGUACAUGAUCGUAAGAUCCUACACAGAGAUAUAAAAUCACAGAAUAUAUUUCUGACCAAAGAUGGAACCAUACAGUUAGGAGACUUUGGAAUUGCCAGGGUUCUUAACAGCACUGUGGAGCUGGCCAGGACGUGUAUUGGCACACCCUAUUACUUAUCACCAGAGAUUUGUGAAAAUAAACCAUACAACAACAAAAGUGAUAUUUGGGCCUUGGGAUGUGUCCUAUAUGAAAUGUGCACGCUUAAGCAUGCAUUUGAGGCAGGGAACAUGAAGAAUCUGGUUCUGAAGAUCAUCCGUGGGUCGUACCCCCCGGUAUCAGUGCACUACUCCCAGGACCUGCGCUCCCUUCUAGGUCAGCUGUUUAAGCGUAGUCCCCGUGAGAGACCCUCUGUCUCUGCCAUUCUGGACAAACCUUUCCUCUCCCGCAGGAUUCACAAAUUUCUCACCCCACAGCUCAUUGCUCAGGAAUUCAGCCAUUCUCUCCAUCUUAAGCAGCCAAAAAUGGCUGAAGCACAGGGAACACCAGCAAAGCGGCCCGCCCCUUCUCCUGCCCCCAUUGCACCUGCCCACAAGAUCACUAAACCAGCUGCCAAAUAUGGAGUGCCUUUGACUGUCAGAAGGACCUCUGAUGGGCCCAGGAAGGUUGUUGAUCCAGCCAAGAAACCUGUUGAGAGGAAACCAGUGGCCAAACAUAAGCAGGCUCCCCUCCCAGCAGCUGCUCAGAGGAGAGUGAGUCGAGUGGAGGAGGAGAGGAGAAAGUAUGAGGAGGGGAUGAGAAAGAAAAGACUGGAACAGAUGGAAAAAGAGAAGAAACAGAGAGAGCAGAUGUUCUUGUUGAAGGCUGCACAGAUUAAGAGAUUUGAGAGAGAAAAGCUGAACAGGAUCAACCGUGCUCGAGAACAGGGAUGGAGACAUGUUUUGAGUUCCAGUGGAGGCAGCAGUCCAGAGAGGAAGUUUUAUGGUGGUGGAGGCAUGGUAGCAGCACCUGCUGGACCUCCACCAGGACCCACACCUCUGCCUGGCCCUGCCCAUGUACCUCCUCCUCCUCCAGGUCCCACCCCUGGUCUUGCCCCCAGCAAAGCUCAGUAUGAUCACUUCCAUGCAGAACUUGACCAACUCUCCAAAGUUCCGGCCAAAGAGGGUCUGAGAGACGGGGCUGUGCCAGGAGGGGAGAUCCCUGGAAGAUCUGCUGUGGAACCCGAGCUGCCCAACGGCCAGCCCUGUCCCACAGACCAGGAUACUGCGAAAAGAGAGCUACGGAGGAUCGAGCAAGUCACCAAAAAUGCCACUGCCAACAGGCAGCGGGCACAGAUAGCAGCAGAACGGGCGAAGCAAGUUGAGGAGUUUCUUCAGAGAAAGAAAGAAGCCAUGUUGAACAAGGUCCGAGCAGAGGGACAGCUGGAGUACUUGGCAAGACUGAAGCAAAUUAGGCUGCAGAACUUUAAUGAGCGUCAACAGAUCAAAGCUCGUCUCAGAGGAGAGAAGUAUGACAGUGAUGGUUCAGACAGUCAGGAGUCCUGUGAGGAGGCGGAGCUUAGGAGGAAGAAGAUUGAAGCCUUGAAAGCCCAGUCAAAAGCUCGUGCUGCUGUACUAAAAGAACAGCUGGAGAAGAAGAGGAGAGAAGCCUAUGAAAGGGAAAAGAAAGCUUGGGAGGAGCAUCUUGUUGCUCGAGGAGUGAAGGUUUCUGCUGGAGCAGGAGGUGGAGCAGCACCGCCUUUCUCUGGCUCUCCACCUCAGGCUGACUCUGCCCCUCAGGAAACAGCAGUUAAGGCCACGCCCUCGUCCAGACCCACCACUCCUGCCAUCUCCAUGACAGCUGCACUAAAGGAUGUAGGAGCGGUGGCAUCCGGACAGAGUUCUCCCAUGAAAGAAGAAUCUCCAAAAACAGAAACAUCAGUUACUCAGAGUGAGAAGAAAGAUAUUUUACGCAGGCUGAAUCAGAACCUGAUACCUCUGGCUGCUGAGGAGGAGAAGAAGAAAGAGGAACCCCUGUCUAAUGAGCUACAGCCCGUCCCUGAUCCCAAUAAGCCGGUCACGGAUGAAGAAGCCCCACCCCCAGCUGGUGAUAGGCGGAAAUGGGAAGCUGGAGCUCCGCCUCUUCUUUCUGUUAAAGAACAAACCCUUGGAGAGACAGGAACCCUAGCUGUGUCUCCAGAAGAGAGGCUGCCCUCUGGUGGAGACAGGAGAAAAUGGCAAGCUGUAGCCCCUCCUGUGCUCUCUGUAGCUCAGCAGACUCUGGAGGAUACAGGCUUCACUACACCAGAGCAGACUGCGGGGGAGGUUAUUCGUAUGGAGGCGUGGCAGGGACAGGGGCAGGGUCUGAGGAGAACAUGGGGGCGGAGUCCAGACUCAGAGGUGCUUAAAGUUCUGGAGGAGGCAGAGCUCCAGCCACUCACCCAGCACCUGGGUAACACCAGCAUUUGCGACAACACUAUCACUGAUGGCCUUAAAUCUUCAGUGGGGCCUUCAGAUGAUGCGGAUGGAGUCAAAUUAGUCACAAAUUCACAGCCACGUCUGCCUGAUGUCGUGCAAAAUGAAGGCGCUAAAGGUCAAGAGGAGAGGUCAAUUGAUUCAGAGGUCAAAAGUCAAGAAAUCAGACUAGAUUCGGCAGAAGAAACCCUUAAGACGCAUGUGCCCACGGAGAGUCAGAUUGAUGUAACAGAGGACCUGGAGGCUGAAGUACUUGAGGAAAAGCCCCAGCCGAUGUUAAAACCCUCGGGUGGAGUGGUGGAGGCGUGGGGACAGGAGGCCCCCCCGCUGGGGCCUGCAGAGGGCAGUACAGCACCAUCAGAAAGUAGAGAAGAGACCCAGAGGGAGGAGAAACAGGCUGUACCCUCAGGUCAGGAUGAGGAACCUCUGUUUGUUAAAAUCUGCAGUCCUGCUCACCGCCGCACGGUGGCUCUGUCGCUCCUCUCUGCCCAGUCCUCUGUGGAGGACUCCUCAUCUUCUGUGGCUUCUCGCUCCCGCUCCAUCUCACCGCUCCGAUCCAAACAGCAGAACACGCUCCUCAUUGGCCUCUCCACUGGCCUAUUUGAUGCCAACAACCCUAAGAUGCUGCGCACCUGCUCUUUGCCGGAUCUAAGCAAAUUGUUCAGCAGUACAGAGGCCAGCAGCGCUGUUGCCCCGGACAACCACAUGAACAUAGAGGACCUGGAGGAGGAUGGCAAAGGAGAUGAGCAGUCUGAGGCAGAGGAUGUGUAUGAGGAUGAAGACCUGCGGGAGCUCAGGGCAUCCAUGGAGAGACUCCUGCAGGAGCAGCGUAGUGAAGAAGAUGAUGGUGACUCUAAUGGCAGCCCUGGUGAUGAACACUCGAGGGAUCUGAACGGACUGGACGAUAUUAAAAAACACAGACCCGCCUGUGGGGCCAGCCCAGAGGACGAAGACGGGGAAGCUGAGGGCUUGAAUGACAUAGCUGGUGAGGAUGAUGAUGAUGAUGAUGAUGACGGUAGCCCCGAGGACGAGGCAGGCGGACCUCUCACCAAUGGAAUGGAGGAGGAAGAGGAUGAAGACCAGCGAAGCUAUGAGAGCCACCUCAAUGAGGAAUGGCAUUCUGAUGAUGGUGAGGAUGAGGAGGAGGACGAUGAGGAGCAGCAGGACAGCAUUUUCAGCCGUUUGGAAGAGUUACGCUUCCAGCUGGAGCAGGCCAUGGGCUUUGAGAAGUUCAUUGAGGCCUAUAAUAAGAUCAAGGCUAUUCAUGAAGAUGAGGAUGAGAACAUUGACAUGGGCUCUGGGAUGGUGCGAAGCAUUCUGGGUACUGAGCACCAGCACCUCUAUCCCAACAUCCUUCACCUUGUGAUGGCAGAUGGAGCUUACCAGGAAGUGAAUGUUCGUAGAAUGGCCAUGAUUGCGGCAUGGGAGUAA